GGCGGCGGGGGCGGUGGCGGGGCCGCGGGAUCCGUCCGCGCUCGCUGUCCCCGUGUAGUUCCCGCGUCGUCUUGUCCACGGCGGCGGCCCGCGGGUGACAUGCAGUCCCUCAUCUCUCCGGUGACCAAGGCUAUCCUGGUGGCUUUGUUCAUCUUCGCCAUCCUGCUGAUCCUCUACGUGAUUCUGUGGUACAUCUGCCGCGAUGUGGAUUGCGACCAUGGGAUCUGAGCGGCGCGGCGGGGCCAGGGCUUAGGAGCCGGGAUUCACCCCGCGGGGCCGGGAGCGGCAGCGGCAGCGGGAGCCCCGCCGGGCGGCAGCCGCCGCCACCGCGGCCGGAGCAGGGGAAAGGGAAGGAAAAAAAAAGAGGAAAAAAAAAAAGGGAAAAAAAAAAAAAGAAAGAAAAAAAGAGGGAAGAGCCGAGCCGAAAGAGGCCGGAGGACAACUGCGAUCAAGAAACCAACCUGAGCUUGACCUUCAGAGACCAGGGUGACCCGGCUUAAAAUGAGCACUGAAGAUCAUUCCAGCGCAGAGACACAAGGGUAGCCAAGGUCCUGGGACGACCAGAGCUGCAUCCUCCCGAUGUCCUUGUGUCACAGGAGUGCUUGGCUGUACCUUUUCCCCUCCAGCAGACUCUCAGGAGGCUGAAGAAGGAGCUCUGGCUGCAGCCCAGCGGAAGCUGUGGCACUGGAUAUGAACAGGCAGCAGCUGUAACACAACUGCCUGACAGAUGUGUCAAAGUUAUCUCACACUUGGCAGCUUUAUGAUAUCAAAGGUGUUGAGACUUUGCUUUUGCAGGGUACUGUGCAAGCUCCACGUUCUCAGGCGAACUGUGCGAAGCUGCAGUCGGGUGUAUCUAUCUGCCCAACGGCAAAUGCUCCCUGAAGAACCACGAAGAUCCUGGCUGUGUUCGCUGGGGCACCCCGUCAGCUUGCGCGCCUCCUCGUCCCUGCCCUCAGCACCCAAUUCAUGGCCAUAACCUGCUUCUUCCCGCUCUCAGCUUGAGCGCCGGGCAGGUUGGUGGAGGCUGCAGAAGCUCUGGCUCUGGGGAUCUGCGCCCACUCUUCCCUGCCUUUGUCAAGACAGCAGCCAUCAUCCAAGGUUGUUAGCUACUUUCCCUUCCCCAGCCUGGAAAAGGCACCUACGGAGCAAGACGUGCCUUUGAACCGAAGUGAGAAGGCGGACAACGAAGUGCAGAGUGUGGCUGGCUUUGCCGAAAACAUCUUACUUACCAAACAGCGCAGGCUUGGCGGGCUGAGAGACCUUUAGCUGAGAGGAACUGUGGAACAGGAAAUCUGGGCUCGUUUCACUGUGCGUGUCGGUCUGCGGCCAAAACCAGAGUAGCUGUGCUAACAUGUGAAAAGUCAUCUGAUAAAAGGCUGCUGCCAAAGAGGCACAACUCGGAGGAGGAAUAGCCUCAAUACCUUCUUUUUCUUGGUUUUGGUUCCAGAAGAUGCCUCUGUCUCAUGACUGUAAUAAUACUCAAUCAUCAUGCUAUAAUUAAGGGCUUUUCAUGUAAUCAUCUGUAGAACUGAUUACUUUGGGCUAUACCCUGCUCAUGCUGAGCUCCCUGGCAAAAUUCCCACUGACAUCAGUUAGAGAAGGGUUGGACCUUUCCUCAGCAGUUUACCGCUAUUGUUUGACAAUACCACGCUUGUGAGACAGUUCGCAGCGGAGAUUAAUUAUUUAGACUCUUGGUUCUUGGAAUAGUAAAAUGGCACUGUAGAGAUAACAUGCUCUUUCUCAGAAGCCUGAGCUCGUUCUGGUCGUUAUUGCUUCCAAGGAGUACAACACCAAAGCAAGGCAUGAACAGGUACUCAUUAAUGAGUGAAGGAUCAAAAGGUGGGACGGUGGCCAAGAAGCAAUGGAGAAUAAAAGUUUAGAAGGUUCCCCAUCAGACCUAAAGUUAGUGGCUCACCCAAGAGCAAAGAGUAAAGUGUGGAAGUACUUCGGGUUUGAUACCAAUGCAGAAGGAUGCAUAUUGCAGUGGAAGAAGAUCUACUGUCGUAUUUGCAUGGCACAGAUUGCCUAUUCAGGAAACACAUCCAACCUUUCCUACCACCUUGAGAAAAAUCACCCUGACGAAUUCUGUGAAUUUGUGAAAAGUAACACUGAGCAAAUGAGGGAAGCCUUUGCCACCGCAUUUUCAAAAAUCAAGCCGGAGUCGUCGCAGCAGGUCAUUCAAGAUAGCCUUAUCAUGAAGACCUACCAGAACUACGAAAACAAAAAGCAUCAGGAACUGACAUCUGCAGUCAUCACCCUAAUUUGCGAGGGCAUGUAUCCGGCCUCUAUUGUUGAUGAACCCACCUUCAAGGCCCUCUUGAGAACGGCGGACCCCAGGUAUGAACUUCCUAGUCGAAAGUACUUCUGCACAAAAGCUAUUCCUGAAAAGUACAAUGCCAUUAGAGAAAUUGUGCUGAAAGAGCUCACCGAGGUUCUGUGGUGCGGCAUAUCCACGGACAUGUGGAGGAGCGAAAACCAGAACAGGUCGUACGUAACCGUCGCGGUUCACUUUCUCAGCAGCAGUCCUGCCAACUGCCUGGCGGUGAAUUCGCGGUGUUUAAAAACGUUUGAAGUACCGGAGGACAAUACUGCUGAGACUAUUACGCGAGUCCUUUAUGAAACGUUCAUUGAAUGGGGGAUCAAUACAAAAGUCUUUGGUGCUACAACAGAUUACAGUAAAGACAUUGUGAAAGCUUGCUCUCUCCUAGAUAUUCCCGUACAGAUGCCUUGUUUGGGGCACACUUUUAACGCAGGAAUACAACAAGCUUUUCAGCUCCCCAAACUCUGCAGCCUUCUUGCCAGGUGCCGCAAACUGGUGGAAUAUUUUCAGCAGUCUACGGUCGCGAUGUACAUGCUGAGCGAGAAGCAGAAGCAGCAGAACAUUCUCCACUGCAUGCUGGUAAGCGACCGUGUUUCCUGGUGGGGAAGCACGCUGGCUAUGCUGCAGCGCCUCAAGGAGCAGCAGUUUGUCAUCGCGGCUGUUCUCGUGGAGGACAGCAACAACCACCACCUCAUGCUGGAAGCCAGCGAGUGGAAUACAAUCGAAGGGCUGGUGGAGCUGCUGCAGCCUUUCAAGCAGGUUGCAGAGAUGAUGUCUGCUUCAAAGUACCCCACGAUAAGUAUGGUGAAGCCACUUCUCCACAUGCUUCUGAAUACUACCCUGAACAUCAAAGAGAACGAUUUGAAAGAAAUCAGCAUGGCAAAGGAGGUGAUUGCUAAAGAGCUGUCAACCACCUACCAGCACACGCCUGAGAUAGACAUGUUUCUCAACGUUGCAACUUUCCUGGAUCCCCGCUACAAAAAACUGCCUUUUCUUUCAGCCUUUGAGCGGCAGCAGGUUGAAAACAGAGUAGUGGAAGAAGCAAAAAGCCUGCUGGAGAAAGUAAAAGAAAAUACCUUUAGGACUGAAGAAAAAUUCUUCACUGUUUCAGAAGAGCCCCCUGUGAAAAAAAUCAUCAUCUCCUCCACUCCUCCUCCCACCAGCGUCAUCAACAACAUGCUCGCAGAGAUCUUUUGCCAGACGGGAGGCGUGGAAGACCAGGAGGAAUGGCACGCUCAGAUCGUUGAGGAGUUGAGCAACUUCAAGUCACAAAAGGUCCUCGGUUUAAACGAAGACCCGCUGAAGUGGUGGUCUGACAGACUCGCGCUGUUUCCAGUUUUACCAAAGGUUCUUCAAAAAUACUGGUGUAUUCUGGCCACGAGGGUCUUCCCUGAACGCCUUUUUGGUUCUUCUGCUAAUGUUGUAAGUGCAAAGAGAAACCGGUUAGCCCCAGCUCACGUGGAUGAGCAGAUCUUUUUGUAUGAAAACAGUCGGAAUGGGUCUGAGGCAGAACCGGAGGAUGAAGAUGAAGGAGAGUGGGGUUUGGAACAGGAACAGAUUUUUAAUUUAAAUGACUCGGUAAAUGUAAACAACAAUUUCUUUAAUAUCCGAGACAGUGGGUUUGUUUAACAGAACUGCUGCGGUACAUUUAAUAACAAAAAAAAAAAGGUAUUUGUCUUAAGUUACCAAAAAUACUUCUGUUUUAUGCUAUGAAUGCUGUAAAUAUGGAACAGUUGUAACAAACUUGAUUUAGCUUCCAUUGUCUAUGUUUUUCCCACUGUCUUAAAACAUGAAUGACUUGUGAUUAAACAGCACUGAAAUGAAUGAGGAAAUAAAUUCUACAAAGACCGUGAUUUCUGACUGUGGCCCAGAUUUCAGAAAGCACUUACCCAUGUGCUUCCUUUCCACUUGCUUCAGUGGGAGACAAACACAUGCUUAUGUGCUUUCUAUCAUAAAAAAUAUUUUCCUGAAUUAGGACCCAAAGCAAGGGAGUUUUUAAGAUUCAUGCCUCCAUUUGUAAAUCCUGUGUGACUCAGGAUGUUAGCUUUAAAUUUUGGAUUUUAAAACAAUUUUUUUAAAAUCCAUAAAUCUGAGCAGCGAAGAUUUUUAGAGUGUAAUGAUUUUAUGGAAUGAAAAAAGAUCUUGAGCCUGAUUUUCUUUUUCACUACCUCAUGUCUUAGGCCUGGUCUAUGCUAGAAAAGUUCAGCUGGUAUAAUUCUGUCGAUUAGGGGACUGAUGUGUUAUUAUUUUAACUGAUACUCUGCUGGCAUAGGCUGUAGUGUGGAUGCACUUACACCGGGUUAAGUUAUUUUCCUUUCCAGUGUGGUGUAAAUGGUAUAAACACUUCUGAACUGGUAUUGUUGUGUCCACAUUAGUCCGGUUUUACCAUUUAACUGCAGCAGCUAAAUGGCAACCCCUUUUCUCUGUCUUUUUUUUUUUUUUUUUUCCCUUUUUCUGGUGUCUAGGCAAGCCCUGAUUGUAGUCUCUUGUGCUUUUACAAAGUGGUAACGAAGCGCGCGGGGUCGGGGUGGCGUUGUGUUACCUUCGUUUGGUGCGAAGCAGGGAAGUCAUCAGGCCCCUCGACGCUGGAGGGAGGGAGGGAAGGAAGGAGAGGGCGGUGAGACGUGUGUACGGGCCGCGGGUCUAACAAGUCUGUCUAUGUUAUAAAACCCUUAACCUCUUAAUUUAAACGGGGACUUUGUCCAGGGUAGCUAGAAAAUUCUGUUGGCAAGAAAAGCAAAACAAAAAGCUUUAAUGUGUAAAUAUAUUUAAAAGAAGGGGACCCCUCCAUUUCCCCACAUGUAUUUAGUGUGUCUUUAAGAUUGUUUCUUAUUAUGUUAGCACUUAAAAACUUUUUUUUUUUUUCCUCCUGUCUCUUUUUCAUUCAGUUUGUAGAGUGGACUUUAGUCUGGUCCAGUCUAAUGUUUGAGUACUGUUCUCGUUUAGUUGUUGUGUAUUGUAAUUGUUCCCUUUGUGUCUCUACGCCUAAGUGUUUUAAGCCCUUUUUUAGAACUUGGCAAACAAGAAAAAAAGAAAGAAAAUGAACCCCAAGCCCCCCAUCUCUUAUGAAAUACUGCAGGUCAUAAACAAGAUUAGAGCUCACGCUUGGCACGGAGUGGGAUGGCAGCCAGCAUUUUUCCCUGAGGUGCGGAGGAGGACUCUUGGCAUUGUCCAGUUACAGUCAAGGUUCACUUGUAGUUUUAUUUUUGUUACUGGUGUCUCGCUCCCCUCCCCCCGGCUUUAGUCUACAACUAUGUUGAGCUCAACCUUUCUGGAGAGAGGCCUGUUGGAGACUGUCUGUUACUGUUCUGGAGGAAGAAAGUUUAUUUUUUUUUUUUUUUUUCAUCACGGUGGUACCCACGGAUGUUUGGUUGUAGAAAGGGCCCAGCCAGGAGGAACAUACAAAAAUGAGAAUUGUGGUGGAAUUGAAUCUAUUGCCAAACUGCUUGUUUAUGUUUUGGUUUAAUAGUUUUUGCAAGUUUGAGACCUCUGUGUUUUUUGUAGGUGGCGGGAAGGGGCGGGUGGGUGGGGAGGAAGGACAGAGGUUAGAGUAAAGGAGUAAAUAGCAGCACACUAACUGGCAAGUUUAAACCCAGGGAAAAAAUGCAUUUAACAGGUGGUGUGGCACGUGUUUGGCUGUCAGCAAGCCCGGGUUUUCACUCUCCAGCUCCCUGAAAAUUAAUUUGCACUUGUAAAAAGUACACGCACAGCGCAUCCCCUUGAAUGUUGCUACUCCAGGGUGCGAAACACGGGCUUGGCCUAAACUCCCGCAGGUACGUAGGUUACCUGUGAGGGUAGCAAAGUCAAAUAGUGGCAGGGAGCGAGAUACGGCAGGUCCCUGUUGGAUGUUACCUGAGCUCCCGUGACACCCCUGUCUUGGUUUUUUCAUCCCUUGAGUGCCAGCUGGUGUCAGUCCCAUCUGCUUGCACCACCUUCCCCUGCUGCCACCGCUCGAGGAGCUGCAGAGAUACCAGUGCCAGGUGUGCGGGUCCUCUCUUGAGCAUCAGUUCAAAGCCGUGCCCUCGCAACCGAGGCAGAGCCCGGAGCGCCGCUCCCCCGCGUCGGCCCUUCAGCCUUCCCCUCUUGGCAGCACCCAUCUCCCCUAUCCAUCUUCGUCCUUUUAGGGCUAAACGUACGCCGUGACGCUCACAAGCAGUUUUACUGAAAUCGGUGCCACGCACUACUCUCUUCCUUCCAGCUUCUUUUUAUUUUUUGGUAUCCAAAAUCAAACUGUAGUCGGUUCAAUUGAUGUGUCUCGGUGUUCUUUUAAAAAAAAAAAAAAAAAAAAAAAAAAAAGAGGAGAAGAAAAAGAAAAACCCCCCACAAAGCCAUUGUUAGUCCUACCCGUUGUCUGUGAGAUUUUUAUUUAAUGUCCUAUAAGCCUGGAAUAUUGUUAAAUAAACCAGAAAAAUAAGUUAGUUACUAGAUUAUUUGUCUGAUGUGUGUUCAUAUCUGCAGCACUUUAUGACUUUGAACUCUUCUGCUACAAGGGGAGGUUAUAUUCUAAGGUUUUGAAGCUAUGCAUUUAUUUUCCUUUUGAUCCUGUAAGUUAUUUAAAAAAAAAUGCUGUACAAAUCUUUUGGAUUAAAAAAAAAAUGAAGAUGAAAAAUGUCAGAAGUUUAUAGACGGUUUCUCUCUUGCUUAAAUACGUGUGGUGUUUUUCAUUUAACGACAUAAUUUUCUGUUGUUUAGUUGGGUGGAGAACCAAAGUUGCAGAGCUGUUUUAAAUAUUGCUACAACGUGAAUUAAACUGUGGUGAUAUUGCCAAGGGUGGGCCCAGAACACGUUUCCAAAUUACGCUAUUAAAUCAGAUUUAUGUUCGUGUUUCUUGACAGCUAAUUUGAAUCCACAGUCUAAUGUUUCCCUUUCUCUUCGGUACAGCUGAGACAUCUUUUUGGAGGGGCAGUAGAGGAACUUCAGCUUUUGAGUGCUUUCAUGCUGGAAAAGGGAAUUUUUAAAGAGGCUCUCAAAGUACAUACUUCAUGUCAAAAGAAGAAUUGCCUUUUGCCACCAGCUAACUGUUUCCAAUUCAGGAUUAAAAUACCGGGGGCUAGACGAGGUUUCUAAGGGUUAACAUCAUAAGUAAAGGGAGUUUUGUGUGACUGACCAACCUCUGCAAGCAUUUCACCGCUCUCUGCCGGCAGGGAUUACUGUGAAGAAAAAAGGAAAACGCUGAACCAAACUCGAGUUGAAAAGGUGAAUUUUUCCAGCAAACCAUGUCUGAGGUGCCUCGGUUUAAAUGAAGGGAAUAAAGUUCUGGAUUAUUUGUGGAAAGGGCGUAUUAUUUUAAGUUUCUAUCACAGCAGUGUAUUAGAUUAAUUUGGAGGGUUUUCUUUAAUGAAUGUCAUGGUGGUCCAAUUAGCUUUACCGCAGUAUUUUUAUGCAGGCAGGAAUAUUAAAAGCAAAAGAAACGCUGAUUAGUUAUCUGUAAUAUUUUAUAGGACUUCUGAAAACUUGAAAGUGACAUGUAGUUCAUGCUUCUGUCCUUUCUGUGUGAUAGCUUAAAAAGAAGGGGCUGCCCGAGGACGUCGUUUCUGAAGGAAGGGGACGCGUGCGGAUUUGAACACAGAAGUAGUGUAUUUCACAUAUUCCCUGACAACUGGGUAAAGGAAACUUUAUGCUGGAGAAACUGCGUUUUAGUCUCUGCACGCUGUACUCAUUUUGGUGGCCUUCAUUUCCAAGUGUCCUUCUCGGAGGAUGAUGUCUUUCUGAAGGUCUUGGUGAUGCCAGUUCUGGUGGUACAACGCUAUCUAGUCUAGGCUGUCUUUUUGGCUAUGCUGAGAAGACCGUCUUGCUUUGGCUCCUAGUUUUGUUUAUGUUUUGUGGCUUUUUUUUUUUUUUUUGUCUCUGAAUGACUAGUCUUCUGCCAAAUUCAAGACAUACUUUAGUUUUAGGGGAUGUAGGCAAAUUACAGAAAUUGUUUUUUCCUUUUUAAUAACAUUAUUAUUUGGUGCUGGAGAGAGAAUUUAAAGAUACAGUGUAAUUUUACGUCUGCCUUAAAAGCACAUCAGUAAAGCAUGUCUAAUGACUUGAUGGUACUUAAACUGGAAUUGCAAAACAUCCCUGCAGUUGCUGUGUAAUGCUGUCAUUUUUACAAACAAAAGCAUUUCCUUUAGGUUGAACAAUAAAAAGCAAUUAAAUAGAUUUUUACUGCUUCUACAGUCAUUUUCAGUGCCCCUGCAGUUGGGUUAAGAAGCCACAAGGGAACUGAGUUUACUGUUAAAAAAAACCCAAAAAAACCUAACCCACCAUCUUUCAGCUUACCUCGUGUUUUAAAAACUUUUUAAGCCUUAAAAUCUGAUUUAUAUCUUUUUAAAAAUGCAAAGGCUGUUGCAGAAGCUGUUUUCAAAUGAGAGUCCCUCAGACUCUGAAAUGCUAAUACUAUGAUUUUUGAGCAUUUAUAUCGACAUUUCCGCGCAGGGUGAUAUCGAUUUCCCUCGCUGCCAGGAGAGAAGGCUAGCGUUCACAGAAGCGAUGCUGCCGUCUGCAAUGCUUUGAAGUGGUGAUCUGAUGUUAUCUUUUUUCCCUGAGAUGUGGAAAAGACUACUGCCUGUUGCACACGCGUGUGCUGGUUUCCAUGCAUUACAAUUAAUAUUUCUUUCCAGUGGCUUGAAUUUGCAAAAUCCUACUUCAUCUGUCUCAACACCGUUCUGUCCUGUCUCCUGGCUGGAUGGGGCCUUGAGCAGCCUGGUCUAGCGGGAGGUGUCCCUGCCCAUGGCAGGGGGCUCGGAACUGGAUGGCCUUUAAGGUCCCUUCCAACCUGAACCGUCCAAUGAUUCCUCUCCCUGGCCCUGCCUGGGCAGAGCUCUGGUUGGGAGCAGCCAGGAGGAGGAGCCCAGCGUGUUUUUCUUCUCUUACAGAAAGAUUGAUCUUAGGGAACAGGUCAACUCGAUUUUAAAAUUAGUUUAAACUAGGUCCUUAUUCCUGUCCACUGGGGCUGUGCUCGUGCCAUGCUGCGAAAAGGCAGAGCCAGCUAUUCCUCCCGCCAGAGCAAUGCACGCUUGGAGGCAUUGCUCACUUGGACCAAAAUCGCCUACGUAAGGGGGAAGAUGCUGGGGAAUUGGGCUCAACACAGCCAGGAAAAUAGCACAAUAAGCAAUAAUAGUCCUUACUGUGCGUUGGGGUAGGAACAGGAUCUGUGCUGCUCUGCUUGGUUGGGUUUUUAAGGUAAAUGCCUUAAAAUAAUUCCAGUUUGGGCUCUAGGCUGAAGCUGUGCCUGGGAAAUUUUGUGAUCAUUCUUCUGUGUUUAAUGCUGACAUAGAAAAGAGUGUUCUGUGGCAUUCAAAUAAAGAUCUUAUUUAGAGGUUAAAGCUACAGUUUGAUAGAUAUUUGGGGGCUAACAUUUAUAGUGGUUUCACUGUUACAAAUAUCGUGGCCAGAGGUACGCGUGCAUUCAGCUGUCAGACCCAGUAGGGCAGUCCUGGUUUUAAGUAUACCAGAGAUAGGAGGGGAUACUUUGAUUUGAAAUAAAUUCAGCAAAAAAAUGUUGUCUUUAUUUUAGCGCUUUUAGGGAGAAGACUAAUUAAAAUGCAUCUGUAAACAUUUGUGAUAAUAAUUUAUCUAGAUAUAUUUGUAGAGAAUUCCUCUGGUUUACUUAGUACACUGAAAAUAUGACUGUAUUUGUCUGCAGCUGCAUGUGCUUGAUGUUACGUCCAACAGUGAUUCCCCAAGCAACGCAGAAUAGGGUUGUUUUUAAAAGGGCAAUUUCUUUGAUUCCAUACGAUUUUCUGAAUAUGUCAUUGUCCCCAAAUACAUGCAGUCAGCAAUGAGAAAUUAAUCUUUUAUUUCUUCUACAGAUGCUGCUUUGCUUUUAUAUUUUAGACAUUUUGUGGCUCUGUGUAAUCACCCUGUCUUUAUAGACACUGCAAUUGAAAGGGUGUCAUUCUCUUUUUUUUCUCUUUUAACGUGCCUUUUUUUUCUCAUGAGUCAUCAGUGAGGUUUGCAGUGGUGGGAAUUUAGAGUCAUAACAACAAAGAUGUCAAGUCAGCAUCAGGAAAGCUCGUGCCAGAAACAUCCCGUCCCAUGUCAUGAAUGCUGUGCUCCAAGGGGAACCUUCGUCUUCUCAAACGUGGUUUUCUGAUAUUGUGUAUGUGUGUGUGAGAGAGAGAAAAAU